AUGGCAGGCCCCACAAAAAGUGAAAGGGUGACUCGCAAGCGCAGAUAUCCGACCGCAGAGUCCACAGAUAAGGCAACUCGUUACGUGAAACAAGUAAAGACUGGUGCAAAAGCUAAGAGCCCAAUUGACCAAAGCACACAACCAGAUAAAGCGAAAGCCUUUGAUCCAAAAGGAAGUACACCGGAAGAGUGGAAGGAUGAAGAAAGGCACUGGAUCAAGUGUCACUAUCAGCUCCUUCUUUCCGCACUUGACAAAGCCCCAUGCAGCGCACCCGAGGUCACCAUAUCCUGCGCUUACUUCAACGCCUACUUUCAAGGCUAUGUAUCCGAGCCUACAAAAGACGAAAUCUCCCAGUUGCUCUAUGCUAAGCGAACAUUUGCCGAGUUCAGGGAAGAGAUAUACCGAAACCACCGUCGCCUGUUUGAGCAGGUUACCGAGAAGUCUCUAGAAAAUACUGCGGCUGGUGUCAAAAAAGCUUUCCAUCCAAUUGUAACGCCCUCGAUCUUAGAGACGUAUAUCAAGAUUCAAGGGGAGUUCACGGACGCAGACGCAGACCAGUCCAAUCUUCCUCAUGACAAAGGCACUUCUGAGCUGGUCGAAUUUAUUAAGAAUGUCGUAACUCAGCAAAUCGCAUCCUCUGAGCCAACUUGGAUCGCAGACGGCCGCGCGAACAUCCUCCGUCGCAGACCUCUAAACAUGUCAGAUCGUGCGGAUCACAAGACGGGAGACUACAAAAAUACACGCAAGAACAGAGAUCGAAAUGAGGAUCGAGAAGAAUGGUACAACGACUACUCAGCUCGAAAUACAUCAGAUGACUACAUCGAGAUCUCUUACCGUCCGUUAGAAAAGAGCUUGCAAGUUCGAAUGGAGUAUCGGAACAUAUACGCUGAUGUUGGAAAUGCGCUGUUGAAUAUGGCAAUCUUGCGGCCGGACGGGUACGAUGGCGACCUCAAGGCGCUUGUUCAGGAUAAGACGGACGUGGAAUUACCGCUGAUGAAUGCAGAUCAGCGAAAAGAAUUUGACGAGCAUGUAGAAGCAGUGAAGGCUGGGGAUGCAUUGAGGAGGCGGUUGUUCGAGGAAGAUGAGGAUGCUGCUGAAUCAAUCAGGAAGAUGAAGUGGCGGUAA